AUGUCAUCCGAACCGCCCAAAAAGAAGCUCCGAUACAUACCAGGUGGUCCCGGCGGGGGAGGUAGAUAUGUUGAUGAGGAUGGCACAGAAAUACCGCCAGUCGUCUACAAUAGACAAAACCGAACACCACGAACACGAACCGUCAUUCCACGCGCACAACCGCCCCCGAUGAGGUUUACGUCCGCCGCUCAGGCUGCUGCAGCAGUGCAGAAUGAUGGAUACAAGCCGAGAGAAGAACGGGCAUGGGAAGAGUUCCAUCCAAACUUGGAUAUCGAAUCACCUCUUCGUGCCUUCAGCGCAGACGAGAUCGAGGGAAUACAAUCGAGACCCCACACGCCUGCGGGAGCCCCAGCCUCGGCAGAUGGUUCCAUCGAGGGUACCAACGGCUUACAUACUCCAAACGGCAUUGAAGGUUCCCAAACGAAGAGCGAGGGUAACGUAACGCCUUCUGCAUCGGCUAACGGCGAACCUAUAUUAAUGAUGGGCAUCCCUGGUACUCCAGGCGGUGGCAAGAGAAGACCUGGCCGGCCUCCCAAGGACCCCAUCGCAUUUUAUGCAAAACGGGCGGAACAGCUUGGCAUAGGUCUGAACAUAGGUACCCCAAAGGCACCAAAUAUACGCCCUCCGGUUCAAAAUACGAACCCUAAAGAGAAACUGACUUUGCCACAACCAUCAUAUCGCAUAUCCAACACAUUAGCUCGAUUCGAGGAUCAGGUGCGCUACGUGGAUAAGUCAAUGGCCAACGUUGGGUAUCAAAUGAGCGACAUAUUUAUUCGUCCAGAAGGGAGACUCAUCAAGGCCUCGGAUAUAAACCUAGACGAAGAUUUCGACCUUGUCCCGGACGUGAAAGAGAACUCUCUCGGAGUUGGUAGUGGCAGUGUUGGUCGUGUUGAGUAUGACAUGGAUCUGCAGGAUGACAAAUGGCUUGAAGCAUAUAACUUUGAGCGGAAAGCCUCCGGUUCCGAAGCAAUUACACGGGAGAUGUUCGAGAUUACCAUCACUACAAUUGAAAAGGAAUGGUAUGCGCUGGAGAGGCGAAUUCCCAAGCCCAAUCCCAAGCCUCCACAAACUCAUAGACCGAGAUCAAGUUCAGCGGCGGCAGUCAAUGGAGAGCCACAAGCUGGGGAAGAGCAAGAUAGCAAGUGCGCUAUAUGUGAUGAUGGCGAUUGUGAGAACACCAAUGCCAUUGUCUUCUGUGACGGCUGUGACUUGGCGGUCCAUCAAGAGUGCUACGGAGUUCCCUUCAUUCCCGAAGGGCAGUGGCUGUGUCGAAAAUGUCAAUUGAUAGGUCGCGGCAUUCCGACUUGUAUCUUCUGUCCUAAUACGGAUGGAGCGUUCAAACAAACCAAUGCCUCCAAAUGGGCGCAUCUUCUCUGUGCUAUGUGGAUUCCCGAAGUUUCUCUUGGGAACCAUACUUUCAUGGAGCCAGUGAUGGAAGUCGAGAAGGUGCCAAAGACUAGAUGGAAACUGACCUGCUAUAUUUGCAAUCAGCGCAUGGGUGCCUGUAUCCAAUGCGGCAAUAAAGCAUGCUAUCAGGCAUUCCAUGUCACCUGUGCGAGGAAGGCCCGCUUAUUCCUGAAGAUGAAGAAUAGUCAUGGCACACUCUCUGUCCUCGAUGGUACCACGGUUUUAAAGGCCUUCUGUGACAAGCAUUGCCCCUCGGACUACGCGAAGGAAAAUGAUGUGGCUCAGGCUAUUCGAGAUGCAAAGUCCUUCUACCGACGAACGAUGCGUGGUCGCUUGUGGGCAGAUAGCCAAGCUUCGGCUUCGGCACUGGCAGCCACACACCGAAAUGCCAUUACUGAGCACCAACCGGAUGAAUCGCAGCUUAUGGGCGUGGAUGCUGAGGCGGCCUUGGGCGAUGGCAAGAAAAAGGGAAACCAACCUCCCAAGGCAGUCUGGAAACUCCCAUCGGGUGCUCCGGUGAUUCCACAAAUCACCUUCAACACAGUCGAAAGCGCCCUUCAACGUUUUCCUGUUCUUAAACGCAAGGAGUAUGUUGCGGAUGUCUGUAGGUAUUGGACGCUCAAACGAGAGGCGCGUAGGGGUGCCGCACUACUCAAACGAUUACAAUUGCAGGACUCCUUUUCUUCUAUGGAACUCCCUCGCAGAAAUUUUGCUGCCAUGGGUCCUGCUGGCAGACCAAGACUCGAACGACGAAUCGAGUUUGCUGACAAUAUGGUCAAGGAACUUGAGAGAGUGAAGAGUCUUGUGGAAGACAUCGUGGCGCGCGAGAAGACAAAGUUGGAAAUGUCAGAACUUGAGGCAGAACUUAUCGACGCGAUUUACUUUCCGAUCGCAAAGUUACUACCUCCUAUUAUGGACAAAGCUUUAGUACUUGAUAUCAAGACUUUCUUCACCGAUGGACUGACCAAGAUCCGAUCCAAACUCCAACAACGCUUCUACACGACAAUACUCCCAUUUGCGCGGGAUCUGAGUGCAGUCUUCAGUGCGGGCAUCGGGAGUGAACCUCCAGCCAAUCCAGAAGCAGAAGUUGAUACGACCUCGUCCCCCAAGAAGCAAACAGGAGAUAUCAAGGAGCGCAAGAAGCUGGCCAAACGCAUCAUAAAGGCAAUCCAACCACAGCUCGAGGCAGCUCUUAGAGCGGAGGUUGAGAUAAGUGGCGAGCCAGCUGAGGAGCAACUGAAGGAGCUAAAGAAUUUGCUGGAGGGCAGUCUCGAAGCAAGACAGGGCUCGGUGUCGGUCUCUCUCGGAGAAUCCGGGUCACAGGAAGAUGCUGAGGGAGAUGUGGUGAUGACCGAUGCAGCUCACGCGAAACAAAAUGGCGUUGGACAAGGGGAUACCGAUACGUCUAAAAGCCACAACGAAGAUUCAAAUCAAAAACGCGAGGCGGAUGACGUCCAGAUGGAGGACGUCGAUGCGCCACACGAGGAAGAGGAAAACAUCAUUGUAGCCGUUUCUUCCGAGUCUCCCGCGAAUGCCGAGCCAAACGGAGAUACCAUUACUACAGCUGCUCUCGCUGAAGUAAAUAUAAAUAAGUCACCAGCCAAAGCACAACCUACGAAUGGUCUCAAAAACACAAAUACGUCUUUUGAUACGAGUGGGCAUGUUUCUGCUCCGCAAGUCGAGCAACCAAACACAGCCAUACCACCAGUAUCGAACGGCUAUACCAAUGCAGAACAGGGAGACAAGACUCUCACCGACGGAGGAAUCCCUCUGUUCCUCAAGGAAGAUUUCCAGAUAGAAGGCGUGAAAGUUUCAGAGAUAGUAAGAGAAUCGACGCGCCCAAGCGAAGAACUGAGCGAGAUGGACGACGAUCAGCUAAACGAUCUGGAGAAUGAUUAUAAUAACGCAGCAAACGAAGAAACCGUGGCUGUGAUUCCAGUUACGAAGAGCAAGAAGGCGAAGAGCAGAAAGAGGCGAUAAAUAGGUAAUCAGGUGGUGGUUGUAAUUGACGAACUUGUACGACUAAGGGGGGGGAGUUCUUCUUUCUAACUUGGCUGGCGAAUCUGGGUUUAUGGAGUGCGGCGUCCCACGGAAAUGUGGUAUACCGAUUGAUUGAUGGAGGGAAUACCUAGGCGGGUAAUGAUCAGACGCAGCCAGGCCAAAUACCAAAUACCAAAUACCGAAAAAAAAAGAAGAAAGCAAAGCCAGAAAAAAAUAUGAAAUAAAACUGUUGGACUACUGUAAUCAUUGGACCCUACGUGCAUACGUUGACGAGG